GCCAAUGGGAGGCGGUGUUGUUGGCGGCCACGGCGGCGCAGCCUCUGGAGCGAGCGAGGCCGCAGCCGCCGCCAGUGCCGCAGCCGCAGCAGGCGUGAGGAGCGGACGCGAGGCGCUCGGCCGGGUUAAUAUUACAUGGUGUCAGGAGUGGGAUCUGAAGGAGCCAGCCCCUGAGGAGCGACGACCCCCAGAAUCGAACGAGGGGAAAGAACUGGGCAAAGGGGUCUACCUGACCUCCCAUCUUUACAAAACACUAGGAGACCAAAACACUCAGAUGGCAGAUAACAGUUUUUCAGACGGUGUUCCUUCAGACGCCUUGGAGGCUGCUAAAAAUGCAAGUCACACAGAAAAGCUCACUGAUCAGGUGAUGCAGAAUCCUCAAGUUCUGGCAGCUCUACAGGAGCGGCUUGACAGUGUCUCCCACACUCCUUCCAGUUACAUCGAGACCCUGCCGAAGGCCGUCCGGAGGAGGAUCAACGCGCUGAAGCAGCUGCAGGUGCGCUGCGCCCACAUCGAAGCCAAGUUCUACGAGGAGGUGCACGACCUGGAGAGGAAGUACGCCGCCCUGUACCAGCCCCUCUUCGACAAGAGAAGGGAGUUCAUCACCGGGGACGUGGAGCCGACGGACGCCGAGUCAGAGUGGCACAGUGACAAUGAAGAGGAGGAUAAGUUGGCGGGAGACAUGAAAAAUAAAGUAGUCAUAGCAGAAAAAGAAGCAGCAACAGCAGAGGAGCCAAACCCCAAAGGAAUUCCAGAGUUCUGGUUCACCAUCUUUAGAAAUGUAGAUAUGCUAAGUGAGUUAGUCCAGGAGUAUGAUGAACCGAUCUUGAAGCACCUGCAGGAUAUCAAAGUGAAGUUUUCAGACCCUGGGCAGCCUAUGUCUUUUGUAUUAGAGUUCCACUUUGAACCCAACGACUACUUCACCAAUUCAGUCCUGACAAAAACGUACAAGAUGAAGUCAGAGCCGGAUAAGGCUGACCCCUUCUCCUUUGAAGGUCCUGAAAUCGUUGAUUGUGAUGGGUGUGUUAUUGACUGGAAGAAAGGGAAAAACGUUACAGUCAAAACAAUCAAGAAGAAGCAGAAACAUAAGGGCCGAGGCACAGUGAGGACAAUUACCAAGCAAGUUCCCAACGACUCCUUUUUCAACUUCUUCAGCCCGCUGAAAGCGUCUGGAGACGGAGAGUCCCUGGACGAAGACUCGGAGUUCACAUUAGCCUCUGACUUUGAGAUUGGACACUUCUUCCGUGAGCGGAUAGUCCCGCGGGCUGUGCUCUACUUCACGGGGGAGGCCAUAGAGGACGACGACAACUUUGAAGAGGGUGAGGAAGGAGAAGAGGAGGAGUUGGAAGGUGACGAGGAGGGAGAAGAUGAGGACGACGCCGACAUUAACCCCAAGGUGUAAUUUUUGUCUGUUAUUCAUGCAUUUUUAGAAGGAGCCCAGCCAGCCCUCGGAGUGCAAACAGCAGUGAGGAGCGAGGCCCCCCCGGCGGCAGCGGCGGGACUUGGCGCGGCGGCCCCACCACCGUAUUGGCAGUGCUUUCUUCUAACUUGUUUUCAAGUGCAUGAUUUUGACUUUAACUUUCCCUUUAUCCUUAUUAUUUUGCUUAACCUGUACAGCGGCAACUUAAAUGCAUUUCAGAAAUAGGAGGUUUGAUUCCAGCACCCUCUACGGCCUUGGGUGCAGCCCAGUGGACUUUCCCAGGCCCUGCCUCCGGGAGGGCCCCAGAGACCCCCGGGGGAAAGGGGUGGCAGAAGGUGGGGCGAUGCCAAGAGCAGACGUGUGUGGGGGGUGGUUCCGGGGCCUCCAGAACCAGUCCCGCCCCUCCGCGGUCGGACUGGAUUCUUCUUCCCUCGAAGAAAGCUGCGUGCUCUGUCUCCCACCUCUCGGUCUCCUGUGCUCUAGCGGGCUCAGAAGAGCUGCAUAGGGUCCUGUUCUCCGUAGAACACUCCGUCUCUGGUUCUGUGUCCCUCGGGGUGCGGCAGGGGUGGCGGUGCGCCCCAGCCCUGAGGCUCGAGUGUUUGUGGCUCAUCCUCAUAUUUAUUUAUUCUCUCCUGCUGGUGAGGGCUUGGGACGCUUGCUGCCACUUGUCCUUACACUCUCAGAAACCAUGUGUGUGACGGGUGACCUGGCGACUCGCCUGCCGGGGGUGGUGGUGGCUCCCCGGGGAGCAAGGCCUGUGGAGAAGGAACCUCGCUCUGUACUGCCUGCGGCUGAGGGCGGGCGCUCGUUUUCAUGACAUACAGACCGCCUGGCUCUGGGGGGUGGCGGGCCUGCGGGCGCAGGUGAGGGGCCGGGGCUGGGGCGUGCUGCUGUCCUUCUAGUGUGUCCAUGUCAAGUCUUGCUUUCGCACAACCCCCAAUUCUUGGCCCCGUGCUCAUCUUGUUCUAAAAGCCCUGGGUUCAGAGCGACCUGUUCUUGGCUGGCGUGUGGGGUUUCUGAGUGUGCGACCAUGGUCUCUGGCAGCCGGGGACGUGUGUCCACACUGGCCAGGUCUGUGGAGUGCUCGGCCUUACUUCUAAUAACAUUUGUAACUGAAUACGGUGUUUUCAGUUUGUACAGAAUAGUUAGAAUAUUCUAUUAAAGUUGUGAAACGUGGA